ACAUUAAUUAGUAAAUAAUAAAUAUUUGAUUUUAGUUGCAGCCCAGUUUUGGCAACGUACAGACACGUGCCGAGCAGUCUUCAUAAAUUAUAAAUAAUAAUUUGAUUUCUAGUUAAGUCUUAAAAUGCGUCCAUUGCCACCAGAGUUAGCGAAAAUCGCACGAGAGGAGUUAAACGAGACACCGGAACGUGUUCAACAGGAUUUGGUUAUAUUGCGCACCUGGAUUUAUCAGCAGCGCUAUUUGCAUGCGCGCACAUCGACCGAUUUCCUGAUUGCCUUCCUCAGACGUUGCCGCUACAGUUUGGAGCAGACAAAGAAACGCAUCGAUGACUUUUUCACAUUCCAUACAAGAUUUCCGGAGAUCGUAUCGAAUCGCCGCGUGACAGAGAAAAUUUUAACUAUCAAUCGUUUGGGUCUACAAUAUUUCCCGGAAUUCCCUCGUUGUAGUGAUCACGCUGCCAUAAUGAUUACCCGAGUCGGCUGUUGCCCCAAACGUUAUCACAUGCGUGAGGUUAUGGCUUACACUUCGAUGGCUAUGGAACUGAUAGCACUAGAGAAUGAUAAUGCUGCUGUUGUUGGGGUUGUACAAAUAUUCGAUUUGUCAGAUCUGGAUGUGGAGCAUGCGGCGCAAUUAGAUGGUGGUCUCUUUCGGAAAUGGUGGUACUGGAUGAGUGAGUGUAGUCCGUUGCGUAUAAAUGUAACAUACUGCUUGAAUGCGCCCAAAGAACUGCAAAGUUGGUUGGGUGUUUUGAGAGCGCUACGCGUUAAAAUGGGUUCAAAUAGUCCGAUGUUUAUUGUGAAGUCGCUGGAAGAAUUGUAUCAGUAUAUACCACAAAAAUGUUUACCUGAGGAAUAUGGUGGCACCAAUGGACAUCUGCACGAGUGUGUUUCUUACAUGGAAGAUUUGUUGAAGAGCUAUCGUGACUAUUUCGAAGAUGAGGUGAAUUACGGCACAAUUGAACAGUUGCGUCAUGGUGAGAUAAUGCCAUAUGAGGCGGAGUUUGGUGCAGAAGGCAGUUUUCGUCAAUUAAUUGUCGAUUAAAAUUAUUUCAAAUAUUUUUAAAUAUUUUUAUCUCCACACAUAUAUAUUUAUUCAUGCAAAUCUGGUGUUGGUUCAUUAUAAACAUAAACUUUUGAGUCAUUGGCAGCCAGCUUCCGUUAAUUGGCGCUAUAUAUAAUAUAUAUUAAUUAAAUAUCUAUUUACUAAAUGUUUGUGUCACAGUAAAUAAAUUUGAUCAAUAAAAACGUAAAAAAAACACAUUUAUGCAUAUGAAAAUACAAGUAA